GCGAUCGGCACACAAGUACCGUGACAUUCGAGGAGCCACCACACGACACGCGGAGGCACUGCAUCGCUGGUGCGCAAAGGAUUCACGUGGAUUACCUCAGCUUUGUGGAUAAAUUAAUUUGUGGAUAAUUCGUGGGUGCGCCAAGGAUUCUUCCUACUAGUUCUCGACUGGAAUCCAACAAUCAGAAGAUUGCUGACAUGGCUCUUAAGUGGGCUCUGGUGGUCACGACGCUGGUGGUUGCCCAAGCAGCCAAGCUGGAUAACAACUACCUGCCUCCACCUGCAAGUGCGGCCAGUGCGGGCGGCAGUCCGGGAGCAGGGCUCCAGGGACCAGGAGGUGGCUUCGGCGGAGGUGGCGGCGGUGGGGGAUUCGGUGGAGGCGGAGCAGGUGGUGGUUAUGGAGGAGGCGGUGGCGGCGGACUAGCUGGUGGCUUCGGGGGAGGUGGUAAUAACGGACUGGGUGGCUUCGCAAACGGACGACCCAUUGCUCCUGGCGGUGGUGGUGGCGGUGGAGCACCCGCUCCACGCCCCAGUCCGGCAGGUGGUGCUGCACCAGCUUCUGGACCUCCCAUCCCGAUUCUCUCCUUCGUCAACGAGAACGACGGCGAUGGCAACUACCGCUUUAGCUACGAGACCGGCAAUGGUAUCAAGGCCCAGGAGGAGGGCACCGUCAAGAACAAGGGCUCUGAGAACGAGAUCCCCUCCGUGAUGGGCUCGUACUCCUACACAAAUCCCGAGGGCGAACUCGUCGAGAUCAUGUACACGGCGGAUGAGAAUGGCUUCGUGCCCUCGGGCAACGCCCUGCCCACUCCACCGCCCAUUCCGGAAGCGAUAGCCAAAUCCCUGGCUGCCCAGGGCAUCUCCAUUCUGCCGGGUGGCGGAUACAGCGGAGGUCCUGGAGGACAGGGCGCAGGUGGCGGCGGAGGUGGUGGCUCUGGAUAUGGAGGCGGAUCAGGAUUUGGAGGCGGUGGCGCAGGAAGAGGAUCCGGUGGAGGCGGAGGUGGCGCUGGAGCUGGUGGUGGCGGUGGAUAUGGAGCAGGAGGCGGCGGUGGUCGCGGUGGAGGACCGGGAGGUCCAGGAGGUCCAGGUGCGCCAGGUGGCGGCGGAUUUGGAGGUCAAGGAGGUGGUGGAGGCUAUGGAGGAGCCGGUGGCGGCGGUGGUCGUGGCGGUUCUCCAGGAGGUCCCGGAGCACCAGGCGGCGGCGGAUUCGGUGGUCAAGGAGGUGCUGGCGGCGGCUAUGGAGGCGGCGGCGGCGGAGGACGCGGCAGUGGUGGCGCACCAGGAGCUCCCGGAUCACCUGGCGGAGCAGGUUUCGGAGGUCAAGGUGGUGGUGGAGGAUUCGGAGGUGGCGGCGGACGUGGCGGUGCUCCUGGUGCUCCCGGAUCACCAGGCGGAGGUGGAUAUGGUGGCCAGGGAGGAGCUGGCGGCGGCUAUGGAGGAGGCGGCGGUCGCGGUGGAGGUGGUGGUGGAGCACCAGGUGCACCAGGAGCGCCAGGAGCUCCAGGAUCCCCAGGAGGUGGCGGAUUCGGAGGUCAAGGAGGUGGUGGCGGAUACGGAGGCGGAGGCGGCGCUGGUCGCGGAGGUGCCCCAGGAGCUCCAGUUAAUUUAGGAUCACCUGGUGGUGGAGGAUUUGGCGGUCAAGGUGGUGGUGGCGGAUACGGAGGAGGUGCCGGUCGUGGUGGUGCUCCAGGAUCUCCAGGAGGUGGUGGCGGCUUUGGCGCCGGCGGUGGUCGCGGUGGUGCUGGUGGAGCUGGUGGAGCCGGCGGAGCUGGAGGAGCACCCGGUGGACCCGGAUCUCCAGGCGGACCAGGUUAUGGCGGAGGUGCUGGCGGCCCAGGAGGCGCCGGUGGACGUCCAGCAGGUCCAGGAUUGCCCGGCAACCAGUACGUUCCACCGCCAGCUGGUGGUGGAGCACCCGGCUCGCCAGGCAGACCAGGAUCAGGAGGAGCACCCGGCACCGGAUCGCAAUACAUUCCACCUCCGCCGGGAGCGCCGGGCGGAGGUCGCGGAAACGGAGAGUUCAAUCCUCAGACGGGCUAUAGCUAUUAACAGCAGACUAAAUUCCGAACGCCAAUCAAAUCUCUCAAAUCGAAGAAUUUCUUUCACUAAACAAUUAAUUUAUUUACAUAAGCUUACCUCCCCUUUCUUCUCCGACAAUGUGUGUG